UUCUCCCAAUCUCUCCAUGGAUGUAUUUGACAGCUUGCUGCCCCUGUCAGUCCAGGAUCCCAGUGGAAAUUGGAACUGGGAGGGCUCUUUCUGCCUGGGGGAGGCUACCCAGCAGUGUGAGGGAUUUACCAUUUACCACCUUUCACUCCCUGUCCCUUGCCGUGUCCUACUGAAGGCCAUGUGCAGUGGCAAGUUGCAGACGGGUUUGCUGGUGGCUGGCUACUUCAUCUACCUGCUGGUGGGUGCUGCCGUUUUCCAGGCUCUAGAGAGGAGUGCUGAGAAGCAGGAGAAAAUUGCAGCUGCCCAAAUGAAGGAGGCUUUUCUGCAGAAGUUCAACCACCUCACAGUGCCGGAGAUGGAGCAAUUUAUGAAGAAUUUGACUGAAGCCAUUCAGAAUGGAGUAUACCCUGUUGGAAAUAAAUCACAGACUGAAGACAGCAACUGGGAUUUCAGUAACUCCUUCUUCUUUGCAGGCACUGUUGUGUCCACAAUAGGCUAUGGCACACUACGUCCUAAAACUGCUGGGGGCCAGAUAUUCUGUGUCUUCUUUGCUCUGUUUGGAAUCCCUCUGAAUAUAGUUUUUCUGCACCAUGUUGGUAAGAUGCUCUCACUGCUGUGUAAAAAGCUGGGGAAAUUCCUACACGAGAAAGGAAUGAGAAAGAAGAAGAUCAAAUUUUUUACUCUUUUGUUCUUUCUGGCAACGGGAAUCCUAGUUUUUAUAUGCUUGCCGUCACUCUUCUUCAAGAAAACAGAGGGUUGGUCCUACAGUGAAGGAAUUUACUUUGCAUUUAUCACCCUCAGCACCAUUGGCUUUGGAGAUUAUGUAGUAGGUAAACAGCCUGAUAGGAAUUACUUUUCCUACUACCGAACUCUGGUGGCCAUUUGGAUUAUUUUUGGCCUAGCCUGGAUAGCUCUCCUAUUUAAUUUAUUGACAACGGUACUAGAAGAUACUGAAAAAAUAAUUGUCAAGGAUCUCCACCAAAUUGGAAAGGGGGGUAAGGAUAAUGAGGCAUGCCAACAAGGAAGAUGCUGGCCUACUCAAUUUAUUCCAGAAGAAGAACCACUGUCAUCACAUGCUGGAGGGGAUGCACAGAAAAUGGAGUCAUUAGCAGAAGAUUCUGAGCACACAAUAAAUGAAAUAGAUGGUGUUUCUUAUAGCAAAAUUAUUGCCAAAACAGAUGAAAAUUAAAUUUUUCGUUGGAGAGUUGCUGGUGAAUUAUUCUAAAGAAAUUCCCAUGGAAAUAAAAUUUCUCCUACCUGUUGCUGAGAUAUGAUCCUUCAGAACUCAAGAUUUACAGUUACACAAAGCCUGAAUAUUAAUGGUAAGAAAUUUGCUCCUCAACUUGCAGCCAGCUUCUCAACUUGUCAGUUGUUGCUGACAACCUGAGAUGUGCACUUGUUUUGCAAGGCUUUUUUUUAAGGUGCUUCCACAAAAAUGCAGAGGAGGGGGAUGGUAGAGCUUGCUUGUUCUAUUUGGACUUUGCUGCUUGCAAGAAACCAUGUUUCUUCUGGGAACUGAAAUGCACAAGCUUUUCUGAAGCAUAGCACCUUUGGAAGAAGAGAUAAGGGUAUAUAACUUAAUAGAUGCCUGCUUUGAGCCAUCAUAUUGGAUAAGCUAUUAUGUUCUGAAAGACACAUCUAAAUGUCAAGAGCUGGGCUCAGUUCAGAGGCUCUUGGAGCAUCUAAUGGACAGGGUUUGAAAUGGGUUAGCAUAUUAGAAAUGAUUAAUUCUACCUCUUUCUAUUUUGUACUAAGAUUAAUAAAGGCAAUUUCAUCUUUUACCC